GGCGUGCGCGUGCGCGAAUCAAGCGCGGGCUUUUCUGUAGCGGCGCUAUGGGCGAGGCCUACACGCCGGUGGAGGCUGGGCUCGGGACCGAGGAGAGCUUCCUCUCGCUGGCAGACAUCCUCAUGUCGCAAGAGAGGCUGCCGUGCCGCGCAGAGAUCAAACUGCCUCGCCUCGGCACCGUCUUGGGUAAAGCGGCCACUGCCGCCUCCGCCUCAGACAACGCGCUCCCUGAGGGCUCAAAGCUGGAAAUCCCCCUCUGGCUUGCCAAAGGCUUAUAUGACAACAAACGGAGGAUCCUUUCUGUGGAAUUGCCAAAGAUUUACAAGGAGAGUUGGCGGACGGUGUUAAGUGCAGAUGCCAAUGUGGUUGACCUGCAUAAAUUGGGGCCGUACUACUAUGGAUUUGGCUCCCAGCUGCUGAAUUUUGACAGUCCUGAAAAUACUGAACUAGCUCAGACUAUAUUGCAGGCAUUUAUUGGCCGAUUCCGUCGCAUCAUGGACUCUUCCCAGAAUGCGUUCAAUGAGGACACGUCUGUGCUGGUGGCCCGUCUGGAUGAGUUGGAACGAUCCUUAUUUCAAGCAGGCCAGAAAGGACUUAAUGACUUCCAGUGCUGGGAAAAGGGUCAGGCCUCCCAGAUCACAGCAUCCAGCCUAAUCCAGAAUUACAAGAAGAGGAAAUUUUCUGACUUGGAGAGCUGAGUGCAUGAAGGGCACAGUUGACACUUCCGUGGCAAGAGACAAAA